AUGUUAAAGCCAGAGCUUAUUCCCUUUUUGUAUUCUAAUGUAUUUUUACUGGUAUUUACAGUACUUGUUUGUUUUUUCCUGUUGGAUUUUGUGAAGAGAAAAAAGGGCCCACGGUUUCCUCCGGGUCCAAGAGGAGUGCCAUUUCUAGGUAACAUUCUACAGGUUGACUUCAGCCAUCCAAUGGUCUUUUUCAAUCAGGUGAAGCAAAAGUUUGGAGACAUUGUUAGUGUGCAGUUCUUCUGGCACAAGAUUGUAGUGCUGAAUGGAUUUGAAUCAAUGAAGGAAGCCUUGAUCAAUAGAUCUGAGGAUAUAGCAGAUCGUCCCCGUUUUCCUCUCUUUGAGAAGUUAGGAUUCACAGACAACACAAAAGGAUUGGUAAUUAUUGGAUAUGGGAAAUCCUGGAGAGAACAAAGGAGGUUCACACUGUCCACAUUAAGAAACUUUGGAAUGGGAAAAAAGUCCCUGGAGGAGAGAGUGGCAGAAGAAGCUCAGUGUCUAUGCACUGCAUUUAAAUCCUACAAAGGUCAUCCAUUUGAUCCUCAUUACCUCAUUGAUAAUGCAGUUAGCAAUGUCAUCUGUUCCAUAACAUUUGGAGAUCGAUUUGAAUAUGAUGAUGCAAAAUUUCAAAAACUUCUACAUCUACUGGAUGCAGCCUUAGAGUCUGAUUCUGGAUUUAUGGCCCAGGUUCUAAAUGAAAUUCCUUGGCUGUUGAAUAUUCCAUGGCUAGCUGAUUUUGUUCUUAAACCAGAUCGUGAUGCAAUGGCAUUCUUAAAGGAAAUAAUUUCAGAACACAAGAACACCUAUAACCCCAAUUAUAUUCGUGAUUUCAUUGAUGCUUAUUUACUAGAAAUGGAAAAGGAAAAGGAGAGUGAGUCUAGUUUUACUGAAAGGAAUCUCUUGUAUUCAACAUAUGAUUUAUUUACUGCUGGGACAGGGACUACAAGUACCACCUUGAGGUGGGCACUAAUAUACAUGCUUUUGUACCCCAACAUCCAGGGUAAGUAACAAUACUUGUCCAUAAAGGAACAAAUAUGGUGCACUACUCAAAUACCAUAAAAAAUUACGUAAAGUGACAUAAAUCAUAUGAAAUGCUAUCAAUAGUUUGCUAAAAUGACAAAAAUCUCAAACAGUGCAACAGUGCAAAAAUAAUCAAAAACUGGACCAAAAUGGUCUACAUUAUAUAAAACAAAUAACAUGCUUGCAAAUUAUAGCUCAUACAAUAUAGUGCUUGAUAAAUGUGUCCAACUAAGUGUUGUGAUGGAAAUCAAAUGUGUCAAUUGUGAAUCCUCCACAACAGAUAUGAAGCCUGUACACAGGAUGUUUUCAGCAUCCACUAGUUCAAUAAGAUGAACUUUUGUCUUUUUUUUCAGCCAGACUAACUAUUAGAGAUGAGCGAAUCGAAGUAGGCGAAGUGGAAUUCGCUUCGAAUAUUAGAAAAAUUCGAAAUUUUUCCUAAAAU